CUGAAGGAUCGCGGUCGUGGAAUUCAGCAGGGGCCCUGGCCUUGUCGCCGAUUCAGCGCCGAGGCCUUGUGUGAUCUCUCACCCCCUCGGGCUGUGUGGAUGAGUCCGGAAGGGCAGGCGUCGGGACGUGGCGCAGGCGCAGUGAGGCCGGAAACAUGGCGUCCAGGCCCAAGCGGCGCGCUGUGGGCAGUGGAGCUUCGCGGCCGCUAGACUCCCGGGUCCCGCGGCCUGAGGAGGAAGCGGAAGAUGAAGUCGAGGACGAGGACGAAGACGGUGAAGACAGUGACGAAGACGAGGAUGAGGACGACGAGGUCGUCGACGAGGAAGUGAACGUUGAAUUUGAAGCUUAUUCCAUCUCACAGAAUGAUUACGACGGAGUUAAGAAGUUACUGCAGCAGCUUUUUCUAAAGGCUCCUGUGAACACUGCAGAACUAACAGAUCUCUUAAUUCAACAGAACCAUAUCGGGAGUGUGAUUAAGCAAACGGAAGUUUCAGAAGACAGUGAUGACGAUGUGGAUGAAGAUGAGAUUUUUGGCUUUAUAAGUCUUCUAAAUUUAACUGAAAGAAAGGGUACCCAGUGUGCUGAACAAAUUAAAGAGUUGAUUCUGAGCUUCUGUGAGAAGAACUGUGAGCAGCACGUGGUUGAGCAGCUGGAUAAGCUCCUAAGCGACACGAGCCGGCCUGUAGGCUUCCUGCUGAGCGAGCGGUUCAUCAACGUGCCUGCCCAGAUUGCCCUGCCCCUGCACCAGCAGCUCCAGAAAGAACUAGCGGAGGCACACAAAACUAACAAGCCAUGUGGGAAGUGUUACUUCUACCUUCUGAUUAGCAAGACAUUUGUGGAAGCAGGAAAGAACAAUUCCAAAAGGAAAUGGAGCAACCAAAAGAAAGAUGAGUUAAUGUUUGCAAACGCAGAGGAAGAAUUUUUCUAUGAGAAGGCAAUCCUCAAGUUCAACUACUCGGUGCAGGAGGACAGCGACACGUGUCUGGGAGGCAGAUGGUCCUUCGAUGACGUGCCCAUGAAGCCCUUGCGAACUGUGAUGUUAGUUCCAUGUGACAAGAUGAAUGAAAUCAUGGAUAAACUGAAAGAGUAUCUAUCUGUCUAGCCCAUUUCCUGUGGACAGUGCUGGGCUUGUUUUUGUAAAAUUACCAGAAUACUCAGUGGACAUUUAGUGAAAAACUCAUGACUUUAUUUAGAUUUAGGUCCUCUACAAAAGUAGGGUUCUGUUGCCUGUGUCUGUGACACAUUUACAAAAUACCUUUUUUUUUUUUAAAUUUGGUCAAAUUAUGUAUGGUUAAAAACUCCCAAUACGAAGAAAAACAUGGAGUGGUAAUUUAAAGAACUCAUUAAAAAUGUCUAUUUUUAUUUUUAAAUAA